AGCGGAGUCAGAGAUCUUGUGCGGCAGCUGCUGUCCCUGGAUUUGAGUGGUCAGUAAUCAGGGCUCUUGGAAGCCGGGACUGAGCAGCUGCUGCUCCCACACGGGGUCUGGGCCCGGGAGAGACCUGCAUUACAGCCCCCUCUGUGCCCAGCAGAGAUGGGGACUUUCUCCAGUGGCUGGAACUAGCCCCGGGCUCUGCCGACAUCCUGAGCUGGAGACUGCAGGUGGUGGGGACAGGGCUGGGGAUGGGCUGGAAAGUGACUCUCUGUACAAAGGAUCCCCGGGGAGCCUCAGACCUUGCAGCCCCUGGGAACCUGCUCCCUGGUUGUGAAUGCACCCGGGGGAGGGAUAUGAGCUGCCUUAACAGCAAGGGAGCCAAUUUCCUCCGCUCCUCUCAGAAUCUGCUUCUUGUUGCUGCCAGCUCUUGUGAUUUUAUUGAGAGUCUUUAGGAGGGGCUGCAAGAGCAUCUGUGCUGUGCGAGAAACGAGCAAAGAGAAGCCAAAGAUGACAAGAAGAGGCAAAGAGCGGAAUGGCUGAAACAGACAGAAGUCAAGAGGCAGAAAAUCAUCCGGGAGUGGAAGAAGCUAUGUGGGUUUCUGCAGGAGCAGCUUCCUGCUGUCCUAGCUGGAAGAGCUAGACAGAGCAAUUGUCAAGAGAGGGGAUGAGAGGAUUUCUGAACUGUCCCUGGAGAUUUCCCUGCUCAGUGAAAUGGGAGGAGAGAAUGGAUAGGAGCCGCUGAGCCAAUCCGUACAGGAUUUCUUCUUCCCAAACCUGACAUGAUCUCCAAGGUGGAACAAGGGGAAAUGCUGUGGGUCCCAGAUCUCCAGGACUCCAAGGAGAGGGAGAUCUUGAGAGCAGGUGAUGGGAUGAUGAGAAAGUACGAGGAGGAGAAUCCCCAGCAGGAAGGUCCUGAGCAAGUGGAACAACACUGGACAUUACUGGGAAGAUCUCAAGGGAACGUGUCCUCGAGUCCUGAGCAGGAAGCAGCUUGUGAGAAUGAGCACAGGCCAGAGAACCAUCAGGAUAACCUCCCAGUGCAAGAAGUAGGUAAAUCUGUUCAUUAUGGAGGAGGUUGCAAGGACCUUGAGAGAACAACAGUCCAGCAGAGAAUCUUCAUGGGAGAGAGAAAAACCACAUGUACCGAGUGCGGGAAAAGCUUCAAACGGAGCUCAGAUCUAACUAGACAUGAGAGAAUCCACACAGGAGAGAGACCCUAUAGCUGUCCCAACUGUGGGAAAAGCUUCAACAAUAGCUCAGCCCUUACUUUACAUCUGAAAACCCACACAGGAGAGAGACCGUAUAAGUGCCUCAACUGUGGGAAAAACUUCACUCGCAGCUCACGCCUCAUUGAACAUCAGAGAGUCCACACAGGAGAGAAACCCUAUAAAUGCCUCGACUGCGCGAAAAGUUUCAGUGUGAACUCAGCCCUCAUUAGACAUCAGAGAGUGCACACAGGAGAGAAGCCUUAUAAAUGCCCUGACUGUGAGAAAAGCUUCAAUGUGAGUUCAUCCCUUAAAACACAUCGGAGAAUCCAUACGGGUGAGAGACCUUAUAGAUGCCCCGACUGUGGGAAAAGCUUCAAGGAGAGAUCAAGCCUUAUUAACCAUGAGAGAAUCCACACAGGAGAGAGACCCUUUAAAUGCCCCGACUGUGGGAAAAGCUUCAACCAGAUCUCAGCCCUUCUUCUACAUCAGAGACUCCACACAGAAGAGAGACCCUAUAAAUGCCCCGAUUGUGGGAAAAACUUCCGUGUGAGCUCAGCCCUCAUUAGACAUCGGAGAAUUCACACAGGCGAGAAACCAUAUAAAUGCCUUGAAUGUGGGAAAAGCUUCAAUGUGAUUUCAUCCCUUUGUACACAUCGGAAAAUUCACGUGGGAGAGAAACCAUAUAAAUGCUCCGACUGUGGGAAAAGCUUCAAUAUUAGUUCGUCCCUUAUCACACAUCAAAGAAUCCAUACAGAAGAGAGACCCUAUAAGUGCUCCAGCUGUGGGAAAAACUUUAAUAUUAGCUCAUCCCUGCUUAAACAUCAGAGAACGCACACAGAAGAGAGACCCUAUAAAUGCACCAACUGUGGGAAAAGCUUCACUCGGAGCUCAUACCUUAUUAAACAUCAGAGAAUCCACAUGGCAGAGACUCCUAUAAAUGCCCCAGUCAGUAGCCAUAGUAAAAAUAAACCAUUUCCUGAUUUCCCUUCUACACCAGUGACAUUUGGUUCCCAAAUAUCUGGCUGCCCCUCUCUGGGGUGAGGAUACAGCAGCAGACAAACCUGAACUGAUGAGUGACUCUGGUUCUGCCUGUCUAGAACACCCCAGGCAGAGCAGAAUACCUGAUCCACUUUGCCUCAUUGCUGCAGGCCCGGCUGCUGAGGCAAUGUGCCUCUCCGCCUUCUACCUGUUGGGCAAAGAAAGAGAAAAGAACUCCUCUGGAAAUUCCCUCUCCCCUUCCCUGCCCUUUCAUGGAGAUUAGCAGAAGAAAACUUGGGCCCCAUAUUCACUCUAGAGACCUGUUUCCAUCUCUCUUCUUCCACCAGCCCAUGGGCUGGGCUCUCACACUUAACUGGAGUUGUUCCCUGCAGUGGGGUUCCCCUGAGGGCUGGUAACUCCUUCUCUCCCCAGAUCCCCCAUGGUGCUUGGUUCUCAGGGGAUCAGAUGUUAACAGACUAGGAGGGAUGGAUGAUAGGCAGGUAAUGGAGGAAUUUAAUGUUUGGGGCUGAUGGAGAUGGGAACCAGAAGCAGUCAGAUGCAGGGUGUUGAGGUAUCCAGUGUGUGGGGAUCAUGGAAUAACAAGGGUGGAAAGGGAUGGGAUUAGGAAGGUACUUCUCCUAUACUUCAGCCCCUCUGCCCCUUUCUCUGUUCUCUUAGUAUUAAGAAAGCAUCACUGAGAGGGACACAAGAACUAGGGAUCACCAAAUGAAAUGAAUGGGCAGUAGGUUUAAAACAAACAAAAGGAAGUAUUUCUUCA